CCAUUUUGUGUUAUGGUUACGCUCUUUGUUGAAUGAAAUUAUUAAACUUUAAGCAUGAUUAACUGAAUGAAAUGUAAUUUUAAGCAUCAAACGUGAUAUAUGAGUGAUUUGGUGAAUCAAAGGCUGAUUUGUUAUUUGUGAAUUAUGUUUGUGAAAUGAAGAAUAGGCUUUAUAAUUGAAGAAAAUGUGGCAGCUGUCCUUCGUUUACCCAUGUUAGCGAUGUUUUAUUUGUUACGGUGGAUUUUGUGGUGGUGUGUGAAGGACUUGUAGUGUGACUACAACUCUCAGGGAAGAUGGCAAGCAACGCAAGCAUCAACAAACAAGACGAGACCACGAAAGGUAGCACAGCUUCACCAGAAGUUUGGAAGUCAUGGAUCCUGUCAGCAAUAGAGAAAGUGCGGCACCACAAGCAGCGUCCCAACAUGGAGCGAGUGGCCGCCGUCCUCAGACAGAGCCACGAUGUCUCCCCGCAAGAUGUGCUCAGCAACCUGGAGUGGCAGGUGGCAAAAGGCAACGUGCUUUACAUUGAGACGAACGGCGUGGGCUGCUACGCCGACCCGCGCUUUCCACCCUCCCGGUGUGGCAAGAUGCUUGGUCGUAAGCCCACUCAGAUGAGCAAGACAGGUGACCUGGUGGGCAAGGUGGUCAUGGCUGUGCGGGAAAUUGUUGAAAAGAAGAAAUUGAAUGUGAAGAACAAAAAGAGCAACUCAGUGCCGUAUGUGUCUUCGCCGCUUUUUGCUAGUUCUAAACUUGGUGCAUCAGCAUCUUUGUCUCCUAAUGGCAAUAAUAGGAACAUCAUGGCCACCAUGAAGGAUAUUUUGUUGCAUGUGCGGCAGAAUUCUUCAUGUGUUGUCAAGGAGGAGGAGGAUGGGCCAGAGACUGAAGGCAUAACUCCGUCAUUACUAAAGGCGGCUGUGAAGCGAGCAGUGAUGCGUGGCUUCCUCAGUGAGAGUGGUAAAUAUUAUUCCAUUGACAACUCCAAGGAGUUCCCUCCUAAGGGCAGGAAGCGCCGAGGGCAGCAUGACUCAAUGGUUCCUCAUGACCACUUUCUCAUUGAAGAUGGCGAUUCAUCUGACAGCUCCCAUACAGACUCUUCCUUCCUUUCGACGUCCCUCAUCACAUCGCCCUCCCUACUGGCCACCCCACACACUUCCAUGAUCUUUCCUCCAUCCACCCACGUGCCCCCCACUCGCUCACCCAACAAAACUCCAGUGAAGUCUCCCAGCAAAGGUCGCCGCACUCCCACUGCCUCCACUCCCAACAGUGUCAAGAAAAGCAAGUUGUGCAAGACGCCUGAGCUUCAGCAGUCCCCACAGAAAUCAUUCACAUGCAUCUGCUGCGAGUGCUUGGGCGUGGAAGCGUCUGUGCCUGGCGAGACGUUCCUAGCGUGCGAGCAGUGCGGCUGUUCUGUGCAUCCCUCCUGCCUCAGUGUUGCUGUCAACAAGGGCUGCGCCGCCCCUGUCUUGCAUCCUCUCACCUGGCGCUGUCAGGACUGCACUCUCUGUGUUGUUUGUCAUAAACCGUCGUCGCAGGCACUCGGCUCCUUGAUGCGCUGUAAUGUUUGUUACGAGGCCAUCCACUUGAGCUGCAGCUGCUCCUCCCUGCAGCGGCGACCGCACAGCUACACGUGCCCAUCGUGCCUCUCUAGCACAGAUCAACUUUCGUCUCAGGCUUCAAAACGCCAAUCAAGAAAUUCACGCCGGCGUUCAGGCAGCAGCCGUUGCAGCGCCUCCUCUCCCUGCCAUAGUUCUUCCUCAACGCCUGUCCGGAGCUCCGGGCGCCACAGCAAUGACUGUGCCAAAGUUUCUCCUGCACGGAGAAAGAACAGCCCGCCUGAGGUGGACCGUGGCCUUCGUCGACGGUCAUGUUGUCCCCCAAGUCAAGACUCUCAGGGGGAGAGGAAGACAAGCGCUGAUACUGAAAACAUUAACGAUAAGAGUCAGCCUGUGCACUCGGGUGAGGAGGAAUCUCAGGACUGCUGCCGUCCGAGCAGAUCACGUAAAAUGGGAGCAGAAAGCACCAGGAGCCGCGCAAGACAAGCACUGCAGGCAAAGAAGAGUACGCAGCAGCAUCAAGAUUCUCGAAGCUCCAGUCAUGAAACGCCUGAGGUGCCUUCGAGUGCCCGUAAAAGCAGUAGAUUGAACGAUUGUCUGGCCGAACAGUUGGAUGGUCAGUGUGGUAAGCAAGCAAGUACUAAACCAAAGUCUCGUGACUGCAAAGACGUUGGUAAACAUACGCGCGACAUCCACGACGCACCUGAUAACAAUGAAGCUCGUAAGAACAAAGACACGCGGAAGAACAAAGAUCUGCUUAAGAAUAAUGAUUCUGGAUCCAACAGAGACGUGCGGAAAAACUUGGACGUGAGCAAGAAUAAAGAAGUUCAUGAAAGCAAGGAGCCACGCACCAUCAAAGACUCACGUCACAGGAAGGAAUCGCACGGCAACAAAGACUCGCGUAACGACGGCCGUGAAAGCUCAAGAGAAACUCGCAACAGUUCCAAGGACGCCCGGCACAGCUCGCGCGAGGCUCGUGAUGACACCAGAAGUGCACGCGGCGCUCAGAAUAAGAAAAAGAACGCUAUGCGUGCCAACUCUCCUGAGCCAUCCCCCUCAAGAUCCAGGUCGUCAGGCCGCGGAGGUGCCCCGCCCAGCGCUCACCAUACCAAGCCCCGGCGACCAGCGCGCUCGCCAACGCCACCUCCUGUCGCCCCUUCCCCCCCUCCUUCUUUGAACGGUAAACAAUCUAAAGAACGGCGCAGCGCCCGUUCUCUUCCCUCCUCUUCGAUUUUCCAUUCCUCGUCUGUUCUUCCUUCUUCUUGUACUUCCACGACGCGAUCUAGGAUGUGUCUUGUCCGAUCGAGCGACAAAGCACCGGAUAGAGUAGAGCCUCAGACGCCGCCUGCCGAUGAGCAGUUAUCUAAAGAGAAGGCUAAGUUCUUUAGGCGUCGUGUGCAAAGUGAGUCUAAGAGUCCAACUUCUCCAACUGUUCAGGAUGAACUCACUGUGCAGAAAUUGAAGAGAAAAAAUCAAACCUCAGAGUCAAAUAAAUCUUCCAUCGCAGUGUCCAAACCUAAGUCGGACGGUCUCCCUAAGGGCAGUAUAGAAACUAUGGAUGUUGAUGCACCUCGAAACAAGAGUAAAACAGGAUCAAAACCUGCUAAUCUGAAAAUAUCGGCAUCGUCGCAGGACAUGAAUGUGAGCGACGAAGAAAGGCCUUCGAGGAUUGUGUCCGAUUUAGCAGCAAAGAGGCGCUCUGAAUCGUGUGACGAUCAAGCUCCUAUUAAUAGUCGUCACAAAAAAGCUAAACUUGAGCAGCUAUUGAAGGUCCCUAACGAGGCUCCACUACCUACUGAAGAAGAGAAGAGGAUGGACGAUCAGCUUGGCAGGAGCGCUGCAGGGAAGGAGGGUACAGGUUCUCCCACCCUCAGCAGCAGCAGCACUGGCACGAGCUGUGGCACCGGCAGCCCGCUAGAAGAAGGUUGCUCUUCAUCGUCUACCACAUCUUCUGGCGGCAUCGUUACGUCAGGCCAUUUGCGUUCUCUUUUUGAUGGACUUAGUCACUUGUUUGUGACGAGCGAUUCUCGUGGUUGCAAGAGGCCUCCCAGUAGUGCUAAAGUCAACAACCCUGACGGCCGCGUCAGCAGGAGUGGCCGUGCUGACGGUGCAUGCGGCACUUCGAACAUCCCAAGAACCAAGUCUCCUGGUGAACGACUCGUUAAGAUAACAACAAAUGACGCUAAGACUAACGCUCCCACCAAGCCUAACGUAGUGAAUUUGUCAUCGAGUUCAAAGAAAAAAUUUACGGCAGAUGGCAAAACUGUUUCUACACCUGCCGAGGCUAGGCAUGUUACAUCGCCUGAAGUUACCACGCGAUCUACCGAUGGUACAUUGAGCGCCAACAGCGAAGCUGCUACCCACUCAAUCUCGUGCCCCUCGUCUUCGGCAGAUCGCCGGCCUGCACGGGUCCAUGGCCGCAGCACCAGCGCAGACUCCCGCGAGACGUCGAUGCCUGCCUCUGCAUCUACGAGCUGCACCAUCGCCGUGGCGGCGUCUGAGGGAAAAGACGUCAACAACGACAAUGCAACAUCUUGCGAGAGCGGGGCAGACGACGACCAUGAGAUGCGCGAACCUGAAGAUGACAAGUCCAGUCUCGCACUACUGGUUUCUGCCAAUGCUGCUCGUCAACAUCAACACCGCCAUCACCACCACCAUCAUUGCCGCCACAAACACCGCCACCAUCACCAUUCUCCACGCCACCACCGUCACAGUGAACACGAACCUUCAUUUGAAGGAGACGUUAUUGAAGCUUCGGCUUCGCUUCCUAGCGACUUGAUUCUGGCGAGAGUCAAGAAAGAAAUACAGGACCCGUCUGAGGACUGUCCCCACCACCACCACCAUCACAAACACCACCACCACAAGCACCAUCAUGGACACCACCACCAUCACCACCACCACCGAAGUCAUGCAGGUUGCCUGGGAGACUCAGAAGUGCCCCCUCGCCCUGCCCUGCCCCCUGGCGUCACCGAGCGCGACUUGGAAAUGUUCCGCAGCGCGCAGCAGGCAUCCGAGCAGCUGCUGUCUGCCAACCACGUCACCGCGGUCGAGAGGGAUCCCUUCAACAUGGCGCGAUGUCCGGCACGUAUUCACUUCGGCCAGUACGACGUAACGACUUGGUACAGCGCUCCAUACCCGCAAGAAUAUGCACGACUCACGCAGCUCUAUCUUUGCGAGUUCUGUCUCAAGUACAUGAAAAGUGAGAGCGUCCUCACGCGGCACCUCGCCAAGUGUCCGUGGCGAACUCCUCCUGGCUUAGAAAUUUACCGUCAUGAAGGCCUUUCUGUUUUCCAAGUUGACGGCAACGUCAGCAAAAUCUAUUGUCAAAAUUUGUGCCUGCUCGCCAAAUUGUUUCUUGAUCACAAGACUCUUUAUUAUGAUGUUGAGCCGUUCCUAUUUUAUGUUUUAACUAAAAAUGACCUUAAAGGUUGCCAUUUGGUGGGCUACUUCAGCAAGGAAAAGCUAUCAGCCUUGAAGUAUAACGUAUCUUGCAUCAUGACCAUGCCUCAGUAUCAGAGACAAGGCUUUGGCCGCUUUCUUAUCGACUUCAGUUACCUGUUAUCUAAGAAAGAAGGUCAAGCAGGCACCCCGGAGAAGCCUCUCUCUGACUUGGGUCGUGUCUCUUACACUGCUUAUUGGAAAAGCGUUGUAUUGGAUUACCUGUGGCGUUAUACCUGCAAUAAGAAGCAAUCAGAAACUGGCGUUGAUGCUGAGUCGGUGCUAAAUGCAGCGUGUGGCAGCUUCUGCCUCAAUGAGAUGGUCAAGGACCUGGCCAUGUAUCCGGCUGAUAUCGUCUACACUCUACACGUGCUCGGCUUCAUCAAACGCAGUCUCUCUAACAGGUUAGUGCUGAGUGUGGAUGGGGCAGCCUUGGAGGCGCACGCGGCGCGUCAACGCUCCAACAACCGCCGACUGUCCCUCAAUCCUGCAGCUCUGCGCUGGACUCCUCCGCCCGUGCAGUCCUUUCUCAACACGUCUCACUCAUCGCUCUCCGAUAAUGAUUUUUCUCCCACGCGGUCGCCUACCCGCGCAUUAAAAUGCGAGCCGAUGGAUCACUCGCCAUCUCAGAGGCAGGCAACUGUGCGCUCCCCCUCUCACUUGCUCAUACGACCUAAACAGGAGGCCAGCAAUUCCAGUCCCGAGGGCAUAUCCAAGGCAAAUAAAAUUACAGAGUUGUCGGUGACGCGCAAGCCUACAUCCAAAGACAACGUCCAGGCUGGUAAGAACGAGCCAUCUGGUGCUGCCUCUAGCGGUGCAAGAGGUCACGCCAGCGGUGUUGGUUCUGUCUGCUCGGAACCUUCCCUAGCUCAUCUACCUGAUGUUUCUAGCGGAUUAGAGUCUUCAGUGACCCCGCCUGUUACCAAGAGAGGAAGAGGGAGACCUCCGAAAUCAGCCACUUUGCAGAAGACCGUGCAGAAACUUACCGAAAUAGACCAGGUGUUGUCAAGCAAAUGUACGGAGCCAUCAUCAACCUCUUGUUAUGCCGCUCCAGACGACUGCUCCACUGAAGAUUCUCGGGUGACGAACAACAAGCUCUGUAACAGCAACAGUGGUUGCUCGGAACCUGACGAUAUCCAGCCUUCUUUGGAAGAAAAUUCAUCCUGGAGGCAUGCAGCUAAAAAAUCUUUAUUCUCAACUCGAACAUCCCAUGCUAACCAGAGCAGGAAGGGGGCUUCCAAUGGUUCCAGCAUGUAUGAAUCUUCUAAGAAGUCGCCUGGCAAGAAAGAUGCCUAUGAUUUUCGGGAAGAAGACAGCGAUUUUGAAACUUCGUUUCCGUCCCGUCUGAUGACCCGUCGGCGUGGUUCAGUUGCGGGCGAAGGUGGCUCUUAUUCUAAGUCCGGUGCCGAUUCUGGAGUGGGUAUCUCUGAGAGAAGCAAGAGUGCCACAGAGGUGCCGGAGACACUCCCCUCGGUCAUUACUACUACCAUCUCUUCCACCACCACGAUUCUCAAAGAACCUUUCGGGCACAGUGAGAGAAAGUCAGAGUCAGACACAAGUACUGUCGCUAAAUCUAAUAGUGAAGGUAAAGUCUGCACUGGGGGAGGUUGUGGCGAAGGCACUGUGCAUCAGCUUCCGAGUAAACGGAGAGCUGCUCUCACUGGACGCAAUGUGUCCCCUGAUCGAGAUAGCUCCCCGGGCAGAAGUCCUGAAGACAAACGGCGGGUUCGGCGUACAGGCUUGAGUGGUGUUUCUUCCUCUCGUCGCAGCACCGUCUCCCCAAGAGUUCCAGUCCUCGUUGUAGAAGAAGACGAGUCUCAUCUCGCUGAUGACGAAGAGGAUUUUGUGCAGUCGAAAGCGGCGCAUGGUUCGGUGCGCACGUUGGUGCGCGAGUACGAGAAGAAGCUGGUGAGACGGGAGGCUCGAGAUAAGCGCCGUAGCUGCAACAACAAACUGUCAAGUGAUGAAGAGAGCAGCAGCAGCCACAAGCCUCGCGUCGUUUUGGAAAAAGCCGCCACUUUGCGUGAAGCUAAGUUAAAUUUUACCAGUGCUCUGGAAACCAAGAAUGGACUAGAACGCCGUCCUAAUAGAAACCAUGGACCGAAGAAUUUGGAAAAAUCAUCUAAAGAAACCAACCGUUUGGGCUUGGUCAGUUUCUCUGCUGAAACCGACGAAGAUGAACGCGAUUGUUUGUCUUCUACGUUGAGAAAACGCACUACGCUGUCGCAUCGCAGCCGUCCUCAGAAGGAAACAACCAAAGAAGUGCCAAACAUAUAUAAUGAAAAAAUUAUUAAAAAGAAUGCUGUUAGGCAGAAUGAGAAAGGUAACCUUAGUACUUUAAAUCCCGAUAAAAAUAUGGUUCAUGCUGAUACCUGCGAUCUAUCGUCGGGGAAUACAAAUAGAUUAUCAGAUGGCGAUGUAACUAAGGAUGAAAUUUCUGUAUCCUCGCCCGUAACGGCCUCCAAUAAUAAAUGUGAGGAACAGCCACUGUUGACGCCUGCAUCUCAAGACAGCGACGAGCAAAAUAUCGCUGACGACGCUCCGGCCCUUCAGAACAAUAAAAACAAACGUGCUUCAAGGAAGAGAACCAAACCCUUUAAAAGUUUACGCAUCAACAAAUUAGAAGAGCUUCGAAAGUUGCGGGUGCAAGACUCGCUUCCUUAUGCCCUGCCUCCUGAUUCCUUAUUUUCGGCUUUACAAAGUUCUAGCUUUCCGGGAGGUAAGAAAAACAUGAGCACAGCAGAAACUGUCAGUUUACGUAGCAUGCGCAAGUGCGGCGUAUCGCAGCAGAAAUUUUCAAACGGCGUAAUGGAUGUUGCGUCAGAUCAGGAAUCCGAAAAGUGCACAGUGGGCAAGGAUGUGUCAGAGACUUUGUUGCCUCGAGAUAACUUGAGCAACUGUGUAGAUUCCGACUUGAAAAGCGAUCUUGAUGACGAUAGACCGUGGCUCGAAGGCCUUAAUGAGAUACAAGAUUGUCAAUCAUCUGAUGAUCUUCCAGAUCUAACAUCUGAUCUUACGAGCCACAGGCUACCGAGUAAAGGAGAUGAUGUAAAGCUGCCUGCCCCCUCUCUGAAGCGAGGCAGAGAGCCCUCCGUAAGCCCACCGCGCUGCAAGAGAAGGAAAAGUGGCUUGACUGAAGGCUCUCCUUUAAAAUCUCUCAAGCACCUGUCCAAGAGUGGUCACGAGGGCCGCAUAACAAAACCUUGUCCAGAAGUUAAUCUCGAAAAAGUGAAAGUAGAGAACUUAAUAAAGAGAAAUUCCGAGUUUCCAAGCGUCGCGAAAGAAAGUCCACGCAAUUGCAAACCCGACUUGAAGGAAAGUGGCUCCCGCGCUCAGGCAGGACGGCGCUGUAAACGAGAACGUCGGCGCUCAGGAACCUCGGACAGCUCCCUGGAGAGGGGCCAACGUUUGAUGGCUGCGCGGUCUAAAAAACCCCGAGGUACAGUGGCAAACAACAGCCCGACCCUGGGACAUCCAAGUAAUUCUCCUAAAAACUCGGAAAAAAGCCCUGGCACAACGUCCCCUGUGAGUGUGACGAAGAAACUCCGUCUCAUCAAAGGCAUCACUCGUUCAUCACUUGCAUUGGGCAGCCCGAUUCCUGCCAAUUCCAAUCCUGCAGAUGUUGUCGCUUCCUCUUCAACCUCUACCAACAAAGGAGAAUCAGUCGAGGCAAUAGUUCCUCAUGUUCCAGAUUUGCGUGUAGAUUCUUCCGCAAGAGGAGUAAAUUUUCCGGUAACGGCGACGCAGAACGAGUGCAGUGCUGGUAUUACAGCCGAGGCCACUGACGUAGGAGAUGUCGGUAAGGAAAACCGAGACCCUGAAACGAGCUCUAGCGCUACUGAAGUUGAAACUGCUGAAGAAAGCAAGACGACGUCUUCACGAACCUCUUACCAUCAAUCUGCUUCUAACUCAGCGGUCUCCGUCUCUGAUGCUAUAUCCUGCAAACGUGAAGCAGAUGCUGAUGUGACAGACAUCGUUAUGGAAAUACGAAAUGAACCUGAACUCAGUGAAGCUGAUAAGGCUGUAGCCAGUAUCAUGCGUGGUGAAAGCUCUACCGUUACUGAGACUAAUGAUAGCAGCAAGCUCGAUGUCGAAACACUUGAAGAUGACGCUGCCUAUCGAGCUGAAGUGAGUAAAGCUGUCGAAAGCAUUUGGGGCAACGAAGAAGCUAGUAAUGAGCCAGAACGACCUCUGAAACAAUCGUACAAGGACUACAGUGAGCCUGUAGAUCAAGAUUUAGACUCUAAUGAUGCUAUAGAUCCCCAGAUAACAUUUCAAUCUGAACCUACUUCACCGUCCGAACCGGUGUUGCUUCCUGAUAAAACUCAAAAUGCGAAGCCCCCAUUUGUAAUGUGCAGUAAUGUGACGGAUGAGCGGGUGUCUCAAUUGACAUCUAUGAUACGUGAGGACAAGUUGCCGUCAGUAGAUGAUGAUGCGGCCAAAUCUGUUUCACUAAACUGCAACCAGGGAAACGGUAAUCUUAUGAUUGCAGAGGUCAAUAAUACCCACGGUCCAAUGACACUAAGCACUGAGCAGAUCGUCAACAAUACUGCACCUACUUCAGCUGUUGCUUGUGAUAACUUCUUAAGGAGUUCUGUCGCGCAGCCUCAGCCUCUGGUUUCCAGGAUUGUAGUGCAACAGCCCCAGACAACUCCUACGUUCUGUGCUGUGACUGAAUGCACCUCCCCCAUUUCAGUGUCUGCUUUGUCUCAACCUCUGACAGUCUCUUUAUCUCAGCAAACGUUGUCUCUUACCCUGUCACAGCCCGCCACUUCGUGGUCUCAUAUGCCGGCAUUAGGAGCUACCUUAUCUCAAAACGCUUCACUUGGCUCUGUGUCACAGCCACUUUCUAUCUUAAGUCAACCUCUUCUACAGACAAGUUACUCGCAAAGCCACCCAAUGCCUCAUCAACAAAACUCACCCGGCCUCAUGCUGAACCAGUCGCCUCCCAAGUCUCUGAUGCAGUCUUCUAUGACUAUGCUCUCUGACCUUCCGUCAUCUCUCAAUUUGAAUAAUUCCACUCUCACCGUGCCCAUUUCAUCACCUCUCACCCUUCCUAAUUCAUCGAAUCUCACUCUUCAGCAAACAACUUCUCUCGCCCUGCCGGUCUCUUCAUCUAUCAGUUUACCUAUAUCGAGCUCUGUAACUUUACCGCUGUCAUCAACUCUCACCAGCAACUUGUCCUUGAAUCACCAGCUACCACUUGUGUUACCUGUGCUCUCAUCCAUCCCUGUCGUGUCUCCUGUACCUAACUGUAUCCCCGUAUCUUCGUCGAUUAUGGCCAAUUUGCCAGUUUACUCGCAGAUACCAUAUAUCCCUCCUGGUAUGUCUGCUCUAGUCUCGUUGCCUGGUAUGCCUGGGCUUCACCCCAGCACAAUAUCUCUUGGCCAACAACUUCAGCAAAUUUUACCUGUAGGCUCAGCCUCUUUGAACACCCAGGCUAUGCAGCAAGGUGCUGUGUCUUACCUACCACCAACUACUUCGCCUAUCAAGUCUCUCGUGCCAAUUGCUUCUAAGUCCUGCGCUCCGCCUAAUUUAUCCCCUCAUCUUCCCAUUGGCUCUCGAAAUUCUAAAAUUGUAGGGCAGUCCAACAAACAAAAAAGCAUUCCUAAAGUCAAUGCCGUGGCUAUUUCCAAGAGUACCACCACCAAACCUACAUCGAAGUCGACAAUGUCAAAGCCUUCUUCCAAAGCUACUACCACCAAGUCUUCUAGAGCCACGAAGCCAUCUUCUCGCUCCCAAAGUCGCGCUAGCAAGACCUGUACGAAUGCGUCAAGCUUCGUUGUGGCUUCUAGCUCAGAAGCGGGAAUUAUUUCGUCCACGGGCACUUUACAGUCCAUGAAUGUUUGCUCUACGUUUUCAAAUGUGACAUCGGCUGCAAUUUCCAACUCGUCAGUCGUAGAGGUUCCCACCAUACAAUUGGACUCGUCGUCAUUCACUGUUCUGCCAAGCCCUCAUGUACCCUCUACGACCAAGCCUACUCGUAAAUCGCGAUCCAGGUCGCGCGCAUCCAGUAAGCAAACUCCAACGUCUUUGGCACGUGUGGACAUACAACCAACCAGUGUUCAUAUGAUUGCGAACGCUGGUAAUAUUUUCCCAUUGAACUCACAGGCUUCCUCAGCACGAGUAAUUAGUCCCACCAUGUCAGCUAACAUCACCAACGAAGGCAUCGUAACUCUAACAAGUGUUCCGCAUCUUACACAAAAUGACUCGCAAAUGGAGUGUAUUUCUCAAUCGGCUAACUAUUCACCGUGCGUUUCGACACAGGCGGAGACGGUUCAGUUCACUCCUUCGACCGGGUCCAUAUUUACUACGAUGCAGAGUAAUCCUAGUCAAAUGGCGCCAGUUCUUUCCUGGCCAUCAUCUAGUGCGAGCGACUCCACAGAAUACCGAAAUUCUGAUGUCUAUUCGUCUGUCAAUUCUAACCAAAACACAGACUGCAUUAUUACAUCCAGCGCCGACAUUCUCGGCAAUACUGAAUUACAGGCUGAUAGUGGAAUAUGUUCCGGUCAAUCGGGCCCUGCAGAUCAGUUCGACGCUCUACUGAAUCUCGAUGGUGACAAACUUCCUCAACCUGAGAGCAGUACUAGCAUCAUGAAAUCUAAUUGUUCUGAUUUGACUACAAUCUGUACUAACUCUAUUGCAUGCAGCGACGACACCUUGGCAGAAGAAUCACCGCAACCGCUGUGUGCAAGCGCAAUGGAUUCUGUUGACCAGAAUAUGACCUUGACUCGUCGCGAACUUCACGGCAGCUCCGAAAAUGUUUUGCAAUCUCCCGAAGAAGACCUCAAGUUGUCUGGUCCACAUAAGGCGCCCUUAGAAACUAUAUCUACGGCUGACAUAGACUGCUACACCAAGCCGGAGUCCCCUAAGCUAACUCAAUUGGACCCUGAAACGCCUUUGGUUCCAGCUGUAAGCACAUCGCUCUAUGAAGCAAUGAAUCGUAACACUCCUAGUAUAGUACAGAAUAUCAAUCAGUCUAACCUGGAUCUGAGUGAUAACGCAAACAGUUCACCGUCCUCUUCACCUGUACCUAACUCACUGAACACCACAGGAGAAUCGUCCAAGUCUGUCCUAUCGUCAGGUCCUGGAUCAGUAAGUUCUAGCCGCCCAACUACUCCCUUCCCUGUAACAUCCUCACCCCCGACUCAUAACGCAGCGACUCUCAAUACUUCAAAUGCUCAAGUAUCGCCGAAUUCUUGUUCUUCUCAAACUUUGCAAACUGCUAUUACCAUGACUCGGGCAAAUACGAUUCCGUCGAGCCACACGUCAGAAAAUCAAAUUUGUUUCGUUUCUAAUGACUCGGGCAAUUCUGGUAGUGAUAGCUGCGUAUCUGAGGACAGAAAUAUGUCAUCGUCUGGCAGUCUUGGUGAGGGCUGUUCAGCUGCAAGAGUUUCCGAAAACAAUCGCGGUGAAGAGAAGUUUGCUGAAGAUUCCAUCGCAGCGCAGCUGGAACUCAAGAUGGAAGAUGCAGUGAGGAGCGUCACUGUGGCAGAUCACGAUGGUGCUUUUAAAGGUUCCGAUUCGUGUGCGGCUCUUGAGGCAUCCAAUUGUGCUACAUUGUCCUCAGAAGAGGAGACAUCUAUGGAGACAACUGCUGUGACCAGUCAAGGUAGUGACCCUCAUAUUGCUGGUUUUUUCUCAAACGACCAAGGAAUGCGUGACUUGACACAGGAGUCUGCAUCCAACUCAUCCAGCUAUGCAUCCACUUCAACGGUAAAUAAUGCAAUCACAUCAAUAACCUCUCGGCAAAACUCGACAGCUUCUUCUGUUACUUACUCUUCUAUGUCUUCGGUUGCUUCUCCUCUCACUGCCCCUUCAUCGCUUUCAGUGCCGUCUCCUGCUCCUCUUACCGCCUCCUUGGGGGUUCCCUCCCCUCUCGCUGUCCCGUCUCCUCUGCAGCCCCCGUGUGCCCCCGCUCCCUACACGCCGGUUUCCCCCAGCUCUCUCACUUCUCUGCCAGGGUCGCCUUCUGCUGAACUAACCCUCCUGCACUCGCGCUCUGAGCACAACGCGAACAUGUCUCUGGAGUCAAGCCUCACGUCACUUCUCAGCAAGCAUCCUGAUGGUGUAGGCUUAUCAGAUCCUCAACACGACGGCAACAUUUACGGUGGCAUGGGUUAUGACGCUCACCAGAAUAAGUAUCACGAAGCGUACCAUCAGCACGAGAUGUAUAAAAAUGCCAUGUGUGACAAGACGCUCUUGACGAACGAAAGCUCCAAACAAUCAGAACUCAUGAUGUCCAUCACGCGGGAUAUGGACUGUUCUGGACAACAACUUUCGUCAGGCUCUGCUAAACCUGCGUCUGCAUCUGUAAACAAUGGCAGUGUUGUUCAGGGCCCAACACCAACUCCUCCACAUCAAUCUGAUGGCGGCAGCUUAGGUGUUUACACUCCGGAUUCCACUACCAACUCUGUUCACUCCAUGCAAGGAUAUUCCCAAGGAGACUUCGAUGUGUCGCAGCUUGGCAUUGAAUCCCCGACAUCAAUUAGCAGCAGCAGUGAGAUGGCUCAUUCAGUCGAGGCGCCACAGCAAUCAACCACUCCGCACAGCUUUUCUGACUGCGCUCAGCAGCAGCAGCUCCCACCUGCACAAGGCAGCCUUCAAGGAGUGCCCACCUCGUCCACGCCUCCUAACAUGAACCUUUCAUGCUCUGUUCCUGCACAGUCACAACUGCAACAGCAAAGCGCUUCUCAUUUAUUGCCUACCUCAAUGCAUUCUGUCUCCCUGGCAAAUUCUGCAGCCGCUGCCCAUCAUGCGUCGUCUGUCAGCAUGGCUCAUCUCUCGAAUUCUCAUCUCCAUCCUGACCUUCACUCGAUGGCACAACCUGCUCUGACGUCAGCUGCGCCAGCAGCUCGCACUAGUCGCGCUACGCCUAUCACUAGCAUAACCUCUCAACCCAACACAACUUCAUCCACGUCUGUUUCGACUUCAUCGAGAUCUCGUUCAUCCAAGUCCAAACAACGGCACAUACAACCCAAACCUUCAUCGAGCAGUAGCAGCUCCAGGGGUGCAGCAGCAGCAGCAGCGGCUGCUGCUGCCGCCGCCGCCGUUGCUAAUCAAUAUACUUCCAAUAUACCAUCGGCUGCUACUUCACAGUCGCACAUGAUGUCGCAAAGGAUGGCCGUGAGUCCUCAUCUGAUGCACCAGCACGCAGCCCAUGCUGCAGCUGCCGCUGCUGCUGCUGCGCACCCUCGCUCGUCUCAUACUCCUCACCCGUCACAUCAGUCGGCAGCAGCCGCGGCUCACAUGCAGAACUUCAGCCAUUACCCUAACUACAUGAUGGGGUAUCCUUCGAUGGGGUACCCUGGUCACGCCUAUCAAACGCAUCAUUCUGGCUACCCUGUGGCUCCUUCACCCUCACCCUCACACCAUCGUCACUCUGCUGCCAACUACCACUUCUUAAACUCAAAUCCGCCGGUUUCGUCGCCGUCGAGUGUCAGCCACAUGACCUCUCAUCCCUCGAGUGUCACACCUCACCUCCCUAACGCUGCCCACCCGUUACCCUCUAGUGGCACUCCACAUCCGCAUCCGUCCAAUACUCCCCACCCUCCCCAUCAUCAACAACAGCAGCAGCAACCUGGAGCUUCAUCAACGAGCUUGGCUCACCUGCAGCAGCUGACAAACGGAAUUCCAGAGAUGAUUCUGCCAGCGCCGCAACCUGGAGUUCCUGGACAACACAUGAUGCCUCAGCAGUGUGGGGAAGCGACGCCCCCUGCCUCCCACAGCACAGUCACUCCGCCCCCUCAGCAGCACAACGCUUCAGUUCUUGCUGCUCAGCACUCGGCUCACUCCGCCACUCCAGUGAGUGUCUCUGCCUCCCUUCCCUCGCCUCACGCAACCAUAACCCCUCCUCUAAACUUCCCAUCUCACAACAGCGCCGCAUCACUCUCCCCCACCGUGCCCUACAAGCCGUACAAGCAACAGCAGUUGCAGCAGCAACAACAACAGCAGCAGCAGCAACAACAACAACAGGUUGGCGUUUCGUCACACUCUCCUCAUGCCACACUUCCACCUCAUCCCCAUCACCAAAUGCCGUCCAACAUGAUGACGUCUGCUGUUCUCGGCUACCAAAUGAACGGUUACCGCAUGCCAACACAAGGCCACAUGAGCGCCCUGAACAACCCGUACCUGAGCAGUCCCGCUUUUAUCAACGGACCACAGCUGCCCAUGCAAAUGAUGCACCAUCAUCACGUAGCCGGGCAGUACCAGGAGGCAGCUCGACAGUCGUACCAUUCCUCGUAUCCCAUGGGUGCGUCAAACCUCAUGCAUCAGCUCAACUCCUCAAUGCGACGUUAAGCCGCCUCUUUCACAUCUAACUUUCAUGUUCUCAAGCACCGUGAAGCAAGCUCUCUGUCCUCGUUCAAGAAAGGUAGCAAAAUGACGACGUCCUGAACUGGUAAUCUGCUAUGCAUAAGUGCUCCGUGCGAAAAGUUGCUUGCUGAAAUUCCGCCGAACAAAUGAUGAUAAUAUUGGAUCUAUUAAAGUUGGCUGUCUUAAUGUUGUGUUGCUUCUGUACGUCAUUUGAGUAUAAAAGCUGUUCGAGUACGUAUAGAAACGAGUGUGAGCGCAAUGAACACCUUCCAGCGAUGAACGCUGGGGCCAGUAGCUAUUCGAAAUGUGGCCACAGAGAACGUUGUAAAUAUUAUCAUUCAUGAAGUACGACGUUCCGUCUGACACGUCUCUAAAUCUAGUUUUCCAAGUUAUUCGUGCUAUGCCUAAAAGAAAUUAUACAUAAUUAUUUUGUUUCUCAUUUGUCUUCAUAUUUUUACAAGAAUGAGUUGGCUUCAUUUUCUAUUUCGAUGUAUGUCUUAUCAUUUUGGUAGCUUUUAUUCCUUGCCUUUAAUUCCGUUAGCGUUGAUGUCGCCUGGCUUGCUCACCCCGGUUCAUUUUAAUUGUGGUAUUUAUGAUACAAUUAUUUUUUACUGACGAAAAUUUGUUGCUUGAGCCUGAACUUAUCACUGACUUCUUUUCAUCUUUGCCCUCGCUAUUUUCGCCCAAUUUCACGCUUAGUACUUUGCUUGCGUUACCUACAUACCAAAUUCAACUUGGCAUAUAAUCUAGUUUGAGUAGAAGCGGGUUGGAGGAAUGAAAUACUUCCGUAAUCUCGGUGAGUUGUACGUGUAGGAGUUACGAUUUAGAUUAAUUUUGUGCGAUUGUUUUCUUAAUUUGUAAGUGCAUUUCUCAACCACUUCAUUUAUUUAGCAUUUGUUAAGCCUUUGUCACCCAAGCAUCUGAUGUUGAAAAUUUUGACCGUAUGAAGUUGCCGCCGUCCUUGCCGUUAUUUUUUAGAAAUAAAAUUAUUCGUCCUGUAGUCGACUCAUAUUUGAUCUAGUCUCUAACGUCAUUAGUUCAUUAGCUCGGCCAAUCAGAAACGUACAAUUCAGAAAAAUCUCGCCCCAGUGCCAUAAACCCGAGUAAAGUAAUGUAUUUUUUUUCUAAUGUUUCUCGUUGCUGGCACUACUUUUCCCUUGCUUCCAAUAUACAAAUAUACUCUUAGAGCAGUUAUGUGUCGAAAAAAAACUUUGAAAGGUCUCACAAUUAUAUUAAUGACCUUUUUUUUGUUUGAACUUUCCACCCAUCUCGCGUUGUCAGAAUAAUUUAUCGUAUACGUAUAUAACUUUUCCUUUGAUUUUCUGUUGCGUUUUCACUGUAACCGACAUAGGCUUUAUCAUUAUAUUGAUGUGAUUAUAUUAGCAAUGGAUGUGAAAUUUUAUCAAGUAACAUUCACAACAAUGCGCCAUAUAAUCGAGGCGCUCUUAGUCGGAUGGCACCUGAGUCGGAAUCGUGCUUAGUCGGAUGGCUGGCUCGCCGCUAUGGUCCUGAGAAUGUACUUUGGUAAACUCGCUUAUUUCUUGUAUG